UUUAAAUAAGGGUUGUAAUUCUCCCACCCUCUCUCUUCCAUCAACUUCCUUUGAACGAAACCUUACGCUUCUUCCCCUUUCACUCUCAGAGCUCGUUGUUGCAGAAACCCUAAUCUCUCUCUCUCGUUAGCAACCAUGUCUGCAGCUCUCGAUAUGACCCUCGACGACAUAAUCAAGAACAACAAAAAAUCUGGAUCCGGAAACUCGCGUGGCCGCGGCGCCCGAACCUCCAGAUCGGGACCUGGACCUUCUCGCCGCUUCUCUAACCGAGCCGCCAACCGCGCCGCUCCUUAUUCCACCGCUAAGGCGCCGGAGGCCACGUGGCAGCACGAUAUGUAUGCAGAUCAGCACGUGGCUGUGGGGGGAUACCCUGCUCAAGGAGGCCGUGCGCCUUCCAUUGAGACUGGGACCAAACUUUACAUUUCGAACUUGGAUUUUGGAGUUUCCAACGAUGAUAUCAAGGAAUUGUUUUCUGAAGUUGGUGACAUGAAACGGCACGGGGUUCAUUAUGACAGAAGUGGCAGAUCGAAGGGUACGGCUGAAGUAGUAUUUUCACGACGAUCUGAUGCCGUGGCUGCUGUAAAAAGGUACAACAAUGUUCAGCUAGAUGGGAAACCAAUGAAGAUAGAGAUUGUGGGAACCAACAUUGCUACACCUGGUGUGGCUCCUGCCACAAAUGGAGCUAUUGGAAACUUUAAUGGAGUUCCUCGAAGUGGACAAGGAAGAGGUGGUGCAUUAAGAAGGCCAGGAGGAAGAGGACAAGGCAUUCGAAGGGAUCGAGGACGUGGAAGAGGUCGUGGUGGAGGAGGUCGUGGCGAAAAGGUAUCCGCAGAAGAUCUUGAUGCUGAUUUGGAGAAGUAUCAUUCAGAGGCAAUGCAAACUGAAUGAGUUACCCAUAUUAUAUUUUCUUGCUGUUACAUCUAUGGUUAUUAGGGGCUUGGUGAUGGAACACCAUGUGUAUUAUGUAUGUUGCAGCCCUACCUUUUAGGGAAAGGGAAUGGAUUUCUUGAGUGAAAACUUUUAGACUUGUCACAUGGAGUUUGGGCUUCUGUUGUCUAUUAUUCAUUUUGUUGGGUAUGAAAUGUGGAUUAAGAAUCAGAAGUCAGCAUAUAAUAUGCAGUCAAGCUUGCUUUCAUUGGCUUUAAUUUGUUUUAA